GAGUGUUGUGUUUGUGGUUUGUGUUUUGUCUUAAGUAUUUUUUGUGCUGUAACGGUUCAUAAUUUUCAAUUUACAUAAAAAAGUGAAGUUUCUUCCUCAAUCAAAAGGGAAAAUAAUUCUCGUACUGCAAUCGAUCCACACUGAUCUCGAAGCUGCGAACGUGUAAGAAAAUACUCAAAGAAAAAAUUAAUUUAAAAGAAAUAAAAAAUAAUAAUAUUUUUAUUAAAAAAAUAAUUACAAAAUAUAAGAGAAGAAAACUCAAAACAGAAACAAAACAAAAAGAAGAAAAAAAGUUGUUUUCGGUUCCGUUUACAUUUUAUCUGCGGUGUGAAAUCCAAAAAGUUGAUUGCCAAUCGUCGCUGAGUUGUAGUGCGGGAGACAGUCGUGUUUUAACAUUUCGUGUUAGCGGACGUAUUUUCUGGUAGCUAGAAAAGUCUAUUGAGUAUAAAAUAGAAAAUAUUUUUUAAUAUAUAAAAAAAAUUAUAAAAAGUGAUAACGAAGAUUUUGUGUUACAUUUAAAAAAAUAAUAUCAUAAAAAAAUUAAAAUGCCAUCAGCACGUCUAGUCACAAUUCUUCCGAAUCUCAUUCGCAUUACAAGUUCUGCACUUGUCAGUGGGAAUGCUGCCAGUGUCCGCUUCAUAUCCACUAAUAGAAUUCAGGGAAAUACAGCCGCUACUGCAGAAUCGAAACUUAGCAACUCCGACAAAUAUUUACAUUAUUCCAACGACGAAGGUUACUAUAAAACAUCACCCUUUGAGUCUAUCGAAUCUAUUAAUAUUCCAUUGGAUAAAUAUGUUUGGAGGGAUUUUAAGAAGUGGGAAAAUACUGUAGCAGCGAUAUGUAUUAUUACUGGACGCCAAUAUACUUUCGCCGAAUUGCGUGACGCAAGUGCUGCGUUUGCGGUGCGUCUGCAAACAAAGUUCAAACUGGGAAAGAACGACGUACUGGCCAUUUGCUUACCCAACUUGCCAGAAUAUCCAAUUGCCGCGCUGGGUGCUAUUGAAGCGGGACUAACAGUGACCACAGUGAAUCCAAUCUACACGGCAGAGGAAAUUGCCCGUCAACUCAACUUUAGCGAUGCAAAGUUCGUAGUUGGUAUAUCAUCCAACUAUGACAUCAUUAAAGAUGCCUGCAAACGAGCACAGAAAGACAUUCCAAUCGCUUGCAUACGCAUGCGUCCUGCUGAAGACUUGCCCGCUGGUGCUAUUGAUUUCUUUGAAUUAAUUAAAACCAGUGAAGUAGACUAUAGUCUACUAAAGAACUAUAAUGUUAAGGGCAGCGAUAUGGUAUUUUUGCCCUUCUCAUCUGGUACAACAGGUUUACCGAAAGGUGUUAUGCUAACACAUAAUAAUAUCACUGCGAAUUGUGAACAAAUACAGAGACCACUAACGAUUGAUGCGAGAGGCAAGACAGUGCCUGCAAUACUGCCCUUCUUUCACAUAUACGGAUUGACAGUUAUAAUGCUGUCGAAAUUGGGCGAAGGUGCUAAGCUUGUUACAAUGCCACAAUUUAAACCGGAAGAUUUGAUGAAAUCACUAUUUGAGUACAAAGCCAGCAUUUUGAAUUUAGUUCCACCGAUCGCGCUUUUCAUGAUCAAUCAUCCAAAGGUGACUAGAGAAACUGCUCCUGAACUGGAAUUUGUUAUGUCGGGAGCAGCACCAAUUGGUAUUAGUGAUGUAGAACGUUUUAUAAAAAAAUUCCCAAACACUAAAUUCCUUCAGGGCUUUGGUAUGACUGAAUCUUCACCAGUUGUGCUACUUACUCCAGAGACUAAUACACGCUAUGCUUCAACUGGUUUUUUGACUGGCAGUACUGAAGCUAAAAUUGUAGCAUUAGAUGGAACUGAUGCUAAAGGUAUGGGUCCUAACUCUACCGGUGAAUUAUGUGUACGUGGCCCACAAGUUAUGUCAGGAUAUCUGAAUAAUGAAGAAGCUACUAGAGAUACAUUCUAUCCAAAUGGUUGGUUACGUACGGGUGAUGUUGCUCAUUUCGAUGACGAUGGUUAUUUCUACAUUACGGAUCGUAUGAAGGAACUAAUCAAAGUGAAAGGAUUCCAAGUACCACCUGCUGAGUUAGAAGCGAUACUGAGAGAUCAUCCCAAAAUUACAGAAGCGGCGGUAUUUGGCAUACCACAUGAUUUAAAUGGUGAGGCGCCUAGAGCCUUAGUCACGCUUAAGCCUGGAUGUGAAGCUACGGAGCAGGAAAUUUACGAUUACAUAGCCGAACGUGUGGCUGUGUACAAAAAACUGGAGGGUGGGGUUAUAUUUGCUCAGGAAAUCCCAAAAAAUCCAACGGGCAAAAUUUUACGAAAAGUAUUGAAGGAGAAAUACUCGAGUUAAUUUAUGGCGACUGAACGGGGUUUUUUCGUUGCCAGCUUCGGACUGAGUUUAAAAUUUUUAAUGAUUAAUGUUUAAU